UCAUCGAAAAACACUGCGAAUUGUGAAUUGAUACAACAGUUUUACGGUCUCUAUUGGUUUGCAAUUGAGGAGUAUCGGUCGGUUCGAAACAAUCGACCCAGUACUGUCCUUCAUUCCUGCUCCCAACUGAUCGAGGACAGUUCACGCGCAUCACAAUGACGAUAAUGGAGAGAAUUCGGCAGGGCUAUUGGUUCGAAAACAUUCCACAAAGAACCAUAGUUGCCACCCUGUUAGCGUCCUUGCUGUUCUUUUCAGGCUGGUGGAUUAUUAUCGACACAGCGUCCGUGUAUCCGAAUUCCUUCAACUUUUCUUUCUACAUCUGCGGCAUUCUGGCUACGAUAAGCUUCAUUAUGGUCAAUGCAGUCUCCAACGAGAUGCUGCACGGAGGUGCUGGUUUCACCGGUGGUGUCCUUGGCGGGAGUGGAAUCAAGGUUUUUCUUUUCGCUGGGUUCUUACUAGGGUUCACGUCGAUCAUUGCGGCCAUUUGGAUCAUGGUGGCCGAGUUUGCCGUAAACGAAGCCCGAACCGACAAGUAUCCGGGCUACGCUCUGCUGAUUCACAACAUCUUCAUCUUUUUCUCGACACUCAUCUACAAGUUUGGCCGCCAGAGUGAGAACGAUUACCUGGCCAGCUAUUAAAACCGUCCGCCAGCCGAUUCAUGCAUAAAAUGAAUCUUUCAAAAUCACGUCAGCGGGCGUCAGAUCAUAAUAAUUCUCGUAUAUUCCGUACGUGUGCGUUCUCAACAUAUUGUGAUGGCUUUUGGGGGUGAAAAGGAAUAAGCAUUCAACUCCCGAUUUAGACCCCAAACCUAACAAAGAAUUAUCCAUCCCUCGGGAAAAAAUCAUCCUACGACGCCGAUCAUCCAACGAAACACCAUAGAUUAGUAUCUCCCCCGCGGCAGGAGUUUUAUGGUUUGAUUAUAAACUACUUAAUACCGUUUUUUGUUUGCUAAUAAACUGUCCCCGAAUGGUGUGAAUCAUUGCACGCUGGCGUCCCGAAAUGGCGUCAACACGUUGCUGGUUAUCGCGAUUUGUGCACACACCGGGAAUUAGCGAACUAAAAAAUUACGAAAUUCCAGUAAAAAGGAUCCCUAAAAUAUGACUAAACAAUAAAGCAAGUAUCGUUUAUUUAUACGUAA